AUGAAGAUAAUUAUAUAUUUUUGCAUUUGGGCAGCAGCAUGGGCUAUUCCAGUUCCUCAAAUCAAGCCACUGGAGAGACAUGCUGUUGACAAAUUUGCAAAUUUAAAUCUUCUAGAAAAAGCAAAAGUGCUAAUACAGGAUGAGUUAAAUGCCAAUGAUACCACCAAAGAAAGUGGUGUCCCCCAUGAAAAUGAAAGAGGAAGGCAACAAUAUACCAAAGAUGGUUACAAAGAAGAAAGAAAUGGCUCUGAGUGGGUAGAAGUAGGAAGGAAAAGUUCUUCUACACAUGCCAUGUUAGUAAAUGAUGAGGGGAAUAGUGAGGAUCAAAAUGGGGUCACAGGAAAACCAGAAACAUAUGGUUAUGAUGGGAUACACAGAAAAGAAGGUAGCAUCACAGCAAAUGGCAUCAGGGGACAAAUAAGCAUCAUUGACAAUGCAGGAAUAGCAAAUGGGAGCAAUAUUAAUAGAAAUACUGAUAAGAAUUUAAACAAUGGAGGCGAUGUUGGAGAUGCAAGUCAGAGUGAGAACGCCACUGUUGUCCAAGAAGUUGACCAUCAAAUAGCUGAAAGCAAUAACAGUACAGGCCAUGAGGAUGAAAUAAAUAGGAAUUCCUGUAGAAAUGAGGGUGAUAGAAGUGAAAUGACACCUCAGAGAGAAAGUGAGGGAAAUGGGAAUCAGGAGGCAGGAGUAACACCAGGGGGAAGUGGAGCUGGCAAUGGAGAAGAUGCUGGCCUGGAUAAUUCUGAUGGGAGUCCUAGUGGGAAUGGAGCAGAUGAGGAUGAAGAUAAGGGCUCUGGUGACGAUGAAGGUGAAGAAACAGGGGAUGGAAAAGAGGGCACUGAUAACAGCAAGGGCCAAGAGGGUCAGUCUCAUGGAAAAGAUGACAACGAUAAUAGCUUAGGUCAAAAUUCAAUUAGUAGUGAAGCUGAUGACCCUGAAGACAAAGAAGAUCCCCAUCACAUCGAUGGAGACAACACCUCCAAGAGUGAGGAGGAUUCUGAUGGUGUUUCCAAAGACAAAGGUAGCCCAAUAGUAGAGGCCAUACAAAAGCCCAAUUACAGAGAAAACAAAGCUGUGGAAAAGAAAAUCACUGAUGAAUCAGAGCCAGGUGCCACUGGGAAGAGCCAAAAUAAGGGAAUAGAAAUGGAAGGUCCCAGUAGUGGCAACAGAAACAAUAUUACCAAAGAAGCUGGGAAAGUCAGUGAAGAUAAAGGGAGUAAAAGACAACAAGGAAUGGUCAUGGGCAAAGGAAAUGUCAAGACACCAGGAGAGACUGACAACAUACAAGGACCUGGUCCAAAAUCAGAACCUGGAAAUAAGGUUGCACACAGCAAAACAGGUAGUGAUAGUAAUAGUGAUGGAUAUGACAGCUAUGAAUUUGAUGACAAAUCCAUGCAAGGAGAUGAUCCCAACAGCAGUGAUGACUCUAAUGGCAAUGAUGAUGCCGAUUCUGAAGGUGACAAUGACAGCAAUAGCCGAGGAGAUACUGGUUAUAACUCUGAUGAAUCAAAAGAUAAUGGCAAUGACAGUGACUCAAAUGGAGGAGGUGAUAAUGACAGUGAUAGCACAUCAGAUGCUAACGAUAGUGACAGUAAUGGCAAUGGUAACAACGGGAGUGAUGACAAUGGCAAAUCAGACAGCAGCAAAGAUAAAUCAGACAGUAGUGACAGCAGUGACAGCAGUGACAGUAGCAACAGUAGCGACAGCAGUGACAGCAGCGACAGCAGUGACAGCAGCGACAGUAGCGACAGCAGUGACAGUGACAGCAGCGACAGUAGUGACAGCAGUGAUAGCAGUGACAGCAGCGAUAGCAGUAACAGCAGUGAUAGCAGUGACAGCAAUGACAGUAGUGACAGCAGUGAUAGCAGUGACAGUAGUGAUAGCAGUGACAGCAAGUCAGACAGCAGUGAUAGCAGUGACAGUGACAGCAGUGACAGCAGUGACAGUAGUGACAGCAGUGAUAGCAACAGCAGUGAUAGCAGUGACAGUGACAGCAGUGACAGCAGUGACAGUAGUGACAGCAGUGAUAGCAGUGACAGUAGUGAUAGCAGUGACAGCAAGUCAGACAGCAGUGAUAGCAGUGACAGUGACAGCAGUGACAGCAGUGACAGUAGUGACAGCAGUGAUAGCAGUGACAGUAGUGAUAGCAGUGACAGCAAGUCAGACAGCAGUGAUAGCAGUGACAGUGACAGCAGUGACAGCAGUGACAGUAGUGACAGCAGUGAUAGCAGUGACAGUAGUGAUAGCAGUGACAGCAAGUCAGACAGCAGUGAUAGCAGUGACAGUGACAGCAGUGACAGCAGUGACAGUAGUGACAGCAGUGAUAGCAGUGACAGUAGUGAUAGCAGUGACAGCAAGUCAGACAGCAGUGAUAGCAGUGACAGUGACAGCAGUGACAGCAGUGACAGUAGUGACAGCAGUGAUAGCAGUGACAGUAGUGAUAGCAGUGACAGCAAGUCAGACAGCAGUGAUAGCAGUGACAGUGACAGCAAUGACAGCAGUGACAGUAGUGACAGCAGUGACAGUAGUGAUAGCAGUGACAGCAAGUCAGACAGCAGUGAUAGCAGUGACAGUAGUGACAGCAGUGAUAGCAGUGACAGUAGUGACAGUAGCGACAGCAGUGACAGUAGUGACAGCAGUGACAGUAGUGACAGUAGCGACAGCAAGUCAGACAGCAGUGAUAGCAGUGACAGUAGUGACAGCAGUGACAGUAGUGAUAGCAGUGACAGCAAGUCAGACAGCAGUGAUAGCAGUGACAGCAAGUCAGACAGCAGUGAUAGUGACAGUAGUGACAGCAGUGAUAGCAGUGACAGCAAGUCAGACAGUAGUGAUAGCAGUGACAGUAGUGACAGCAAGUCAGACAGUAGUGAUAGCAGUGACAGUAGUGACAGCAAGUCAGACAGUAGUGAUAGCAGUGACAGUAGUGACAGCAAGUCAGACAGUAGUGAUAGCAGUGACAGUAGUGACAGCAAGUCAGACAGUAGUGAUAGCAGUGACAGUAGUGACAGCAAGUCAGACAGUAGUGAUAGCAGUGACAGUAGUGACAGCAAGUCAGACAGUAGUGAUAGCAGUGACAGUAGUGACAGCAAGUCAGACAGUAGUGAUAGCAGUGACAGUAGUGACAGCAAGUCAGACAGUAGUGAUAGCAGUGACAGUAGUGACAGCAAGUCAGACAGUAGUGAUAGCAGUGACAGUAGUGACAGCAAGUCAGACAGUAGUGAUAGCAGUGACAGUAGUGACAGCAAGUCAGACAGUAGUGAUAGCAGUGACAGUAGUGACAGCAAGUCAGACAGUAGUGAUAGCAGUGACAGUAGUGACAGCAAGUCAGACAGUAGUGAUAGCAGUGACAGUAGUGACAGCAAGUCAGACAGUAGUGAUAGCAGUGACAGUAGUGACAGCAAGUCAGACAGUAGUGAUAGCAGUGACAGUAGUGACAGCAAGUCAGACAGUAGUGAUAGCAGUGACAGUAGUGACAGCAAGUCAGACAGUAGUGAUAGCAGUGACAGUAGUGACAGCAAGUCAGACAGUAGUGAUAGCAGUGACAGUAGUGACAGCAAGUCAGACAGUAGUGAUAGCAGUGACAGUAGUGACAGCAAGUCAGACAGUAGUGAUAGCAGUGACAGUAGUGACAGCAAGUCAGACAGUAGUGAUAGCAGUGACAGUAGUGACAGCAAGUCAGACAGUAGUGAUAGCAGUGACAGUAGUGACAGCAAUGACAGCAGCGACAGCAGCGACAGCAGCGACAGUAGCGACAGCAGUGACAGUAGCGACAGCAGCGACAGCAGUGACAGCAGCGACAGCAGCAGUAGCAGUGACAGUGACAGCAGCGACAGCAGUGACAGUAGUGACAGUAGCGACAGUGACAGCAGCGACAGCAAUGACAGUAGUGACAGUGCAUCUGACAGUGAUGAGAGUCACAGCAAGAGCAAGUCUGGUAAUAGUAACAAUGGAAGUGACAAUGAGAGUGACAGUGAAGGCAGUGACAGUAAUCAUUCAACCAGUGAUGAUUAG